AUGAAUGUACCCAGCGAAGAUUUUAUUGAACAACUGAUGGAAUUCAGAGAACGAAAUGGAAGUUUCGAUGAUUUCCGGUUUAUGUGCAAACAAGAAAUGCGAGAAAACCUCGUUAAUAACUAUUUCCCGUACAAUAAGCUGAUCGCGAGAGCACUUUUCAAAAAUCAACACAUUAUGUUCAUCGGAGAUUCGUUGAUUCGAGCAAUGUACAAAGACUUUUUGGCUCUUCUUCAGACUGGAGACCUUUGCACUGUUCAAGAUCUGCGCGUCAGCAAUGAAGACUCGAUUUUCGGUGAUAAACAUAUUGAUUUCCUCGAGCUUGAGGCGAAUCGAGUUUUCCGACAAGCCAGAGAAUUUCAGUCAAAUCAACAUCUCAUUCAGUACUUUUUCACGAAUCGAGCGAUGCGAGAAGACCUAGAGAAAACGUGUUUGAUGAUUGAGGCGACUGAUGAAAGACCGGAUAUAGUUGUGAUGAACUCGGCGAUUUGGGAUAUUUCUCGGUUUCCAGCGAGGCUUUCGCAACGAUGGACAUCACAAAGUAUGGACAAUUUGGAAGAAGAAAUUAACGUAGCGGAAGAUUAUUAUAACCGGAUCGCCAUGUUUUGCAGACGAAUGAGAGUUCUAUUGCCGCCGACUUCAACCGUUGUCUGGGUACUGAUGCCCCCAUCAUCCACUCCAGAAAGCAAUGUUAGCGGUGGAUUCUUAGCUAACAAUCAUCUAAAAUUCUAUGAAAUUCGCGCCAGAUUAUUGGAAGCAAACGUUCGAGCAGCACAGAUUGUCCGAGAAGCCGGUUUCGAUGUGCUCGAUUUAUCAUUUCAUUUUCGGCUUUCCAAUUUUCAAGCGUUUCGGAUCAAAGACGGAGUUCAUUUCAAUAAUAUCGCCACACGCUUCAUGAAUCAAUUAUUAAUCGGCCAUAUCGCCGAUGCUUGGGGAAUCGAUAUUAGGAGGAAAUGGCCACAGAAACUAAUUGAUAAAACGCUCAUCAAAUCCCAACUAUUCAACGUUGCUCUCGAUUUCCUUCAAGAUAGCAACAAAUGGAAGCAUAGGAACGAAGUUGUUCAUCAACAUCUUCGUACACUUGCCUUCGAAAAUGUCAAGUUGCCAGAUGCUGCCGGAAAUCCGGGCACUAUGACAAUGCAACAACUGAAUGAAAAUAUGAGAGUUUUGCUAAUGUUUAUGAAAUUUCAAGCGAGAAGUCAAUCAGAUGCUGAAAGGAAUGCGAAAGCUUUCGCCGGUCAAAUUCCAGAAGAACUUUCGAGAUUUUCACAAGAAGAUUUGGUACAAAUAGGGAAAAUGAUCAAAGAGAUGUGUCAUGAAUGGAAAGGUAAAUUACCAUGCGUUCGUCUGGCAACGACCAACAAGCGAGUACAUGAAAUUGGAGCGAGAAGAGUUCUGUUCGAUACACCUCCAUCGGCUCCACCCGGUAUAAACUCCAUUCCAGUCCCGCCGGUUGUUGAGGUUGAAGGAUCAUCAGUGAAUAUAACUCCAUCGAGUGAUGGUAGUUCACCGAGUGGAGUCCCGAAUAAAAUUCUCCCUCCACAUGUACCGAAAAAGAAGCGACGAGUCUCGGAGAGUAGACAAUAA